AUCGUUGAACAUGUGGCAAACAGUGAUCCUUGUAGUGCUGUGUUACUGCGUUGAAGGGCGAAGACAGUCAAGACAGCCUCUCAGAGUCCACCAAGGAAUGGCAGACGUCCAUAACGAAUUCUCGUUUGCGGUCAGCUUGCAGAACUAUCAGGGGGAAAGAUGCUGCACCGCCAGCCUCAUCGCCCUAAACUGGGUCCUCACUGCUGCCCAUUGUAUCGAUGACGAACAAUAUGUUGUAAGAUAUACAAAUUUCACUAUAAGAAAAGGAAGCGUCAGAGUUGCAAAGGUGCUUAAAAUAAUACUUCAUCCACAAUACAUUCAAGAUUCUGAACGAUACAACGAUAUUGCUGUCAUCCAAACUACAUAUAUCUACAAUAAGACGAUUGGAAGGUUAUCAGCUAUCGAUUACAAGUCUCUUACUGGUCUUCCGGUUAAAUAUGCUGGUUUUGGUUCGACAUCAGAAGACUCCUCUGAUCAGGAGGAGGAUAAAUUUAGGCCUUUACAAGUGGGCGAGGCAGUGGUUAUACGUCCUUAUAACGACCAUGAGGGUCCAAAUGUAGUUAUUGCACCUAGCUGCUCAAAUCGAAGGCAAGGUAUCCUAGGGGGAGAUUCAGGAGGUCCGUUAAUAUAUGAUGGUAGAAUAGUGGGGGUCGCUAUGUCGUUAUCAAAUCACGAUAAUAUUGCGCACUACGCAGCCGUCAGCACAUACUUGCAGUGGAUUCAUAAUACAAUGAAAACUCAUGGUUACAAGCUAUCAUAAGGAGGGUAUUGGUUCUGGUUACGAUUUAUGAA